UAAGUUCGUUCCAGCGCGUUCGAAAUUUUGCAUGCGCUUUGAAAGACAAAUUUCUUUUAAGACUGGAAGAGGCGCUUGGGUACCGACAGGCUGAUUGAGCGAGUUAAUUGAUACUUGUGAUUGUGAGAGUUUUUAAAUAGCUGUUGAUCAGGUUCAGUCGUACAGAGUUAGGGAAAGGUGUGCGUCUCGGCAUGUCCGGAAACAUUUGGACGGCUUUGUGUUGCUGUCAGAAAGGCCAGGACAAAGAUGGCCAACAGCAGGCGGGGGAAAAGAAAAACAACGAAACGCUACGAAAGGUCGAGAAUACUGAACGCGAUCCGGUUGUUCAUCAAGUUGCGCACGUGAAUAUUGGCUAUCUGUCCGCGGUGUUUGAUCAGAAGGAAAGCUUGUCUAGCCAGGAAGAUUCGCGAGGGCGUCUGGAGUCCACCGAACACCAACAGGAUGAAGUGGCCGUGAGCGAGGCUGAAGAGCGAGGGGUGCUGGGUUUCCCGGGACAGAGCGGCACAGCUGGACCAGCAGUGCUCAGCUCAGAAGAAGACCGAGGCUACAGGCUGAUCAAACAGCAGCUGGCAGUGGCAGAGAGGGAGAAACGCGAGCUGGAAAAACAGGUGCACCAGGCUAACCAGAGUGUCCGGGACCUCAAACACGAGGUUGCUGUUUUACAGAAACGUCUCCAGCUGGUGGAGAACCCACCACACACCCUGUCGCCUCCCAGACCGCCCACCCCACCCCCUCUGCCCACUCCUCCUCCUCUUCUCCACCCCCUCAGAUCCUUAUUGUCAAUCAUCCAAAAAAAGAAGGACUCUAAAGAGCAAGACCCAUCUUGCACACAGCAAGAAAACUACUCACCAGCCUCGCCUGAAAGAGCUACAAAUGACGUCUCUACCAACCAUCAAUGCCCUGGCAUGAACGAGGUCCUGGAAAUGAUCAGAAAUGGGGUUUCCUUAAGACGUGUUAUACAGGUACAAAAGGGGACUUUCAAAGACGUCUGCGAUCAAGAGGAGCAACUGGAAGUCAGCAGCAGCUCUGCAGAGCCUGAACUUGAAACCAUCCUUAAAAGGAGAAAAGAAAGUGUGGAUCACUUUAUCUCGGAUGGCUCUUUUGAAGAGGAUUCUGCAGAGGACACUGGUCAGCGCAGGCUGGACAUGCCGGCCAAUAGCUCCCAAGUCAGGAAGAAUCCUGGAAAAGAGAACCCUGGCUACGUCUGCCAGGAUCAGGCGGAGAGCCAGGAACAUGGGAACUCGUGGAGGGAAUCGGUGGGAAAGCACCUUGAAUCCAACAGUGAGGCUGGAGACGAGGGCAGCACCAGCAGCACCCUCCCUGUCACGUCUCCACUGGACGUUGGUCAAGUGGAUGACCUCUCCUGUCCUCCUGAUCCAGAAGGCCAUGCUGAACCAUGGUUCGAAGAUGUGGCUUCAAUGGACCCCAGUAAUAUGGACCCUGAGACAGAGGAUCAUGUCAUCCUUGGAGCGAUUCUUAGCGAUUUGAUGACUGCCUUGAAGAACCAGGAUCUUUCAGACGAUGGGACUGCUUUAAAGGAUCAGGAUGACACGGAUACUAAUGGUGCACUGAUGGCUCCCCCAGCACGAUCUAGUGGACAGCAUGAUCAAGGUUGUAUCUCUUCUGACACUGCAAAGGUAUUGAAAGGAGACUUCAUAGAGGAGAGUGUAGAUAGUCCACAAGAAGCAAGCCUGGUGCCCAGAGAUCACCAGCCUCUUAAAGAAAGAGCCAGCUUUGUUGUAGGUCAAGGAGAUGUGGGUUCUCCUCCGCAAACCACCCUUCCUGCUCAUGUGAAAAACCAGAAUGUGAAGAGACCAUGUAACUCACCUCACUGUUAUCUGCCAGGCACUGAUCUCCUUCCAGCUCUUGAAGAUGAGAGAGAUUCCACUGACUCGGACAUACCUGUGUUCUUUUGCUAAGGAGUAAUCCUGUCAGAGUUUGUAAUUGAUCCAUGUUGACCUAUGUAGUGCAUAAAUUGGCCAUUGUAUUUUACUUUUGAUUGCAUUGUUCAGCAUAUUUUGUUUUAUUAAAUAGAGAGGGUUGGAAACCUUCAGUUUUUUUUAAUCCAGUAUUCAGUUUCAUGGAAGUAUUUUUUCCUUGGUGCAUUUGUGGUUUUAAUUGACAAGUUUGCUUUAAAUAAAAUAUUAAAUGAGG